AUGGCGGGCGCCUUGAAGCGGCUGGAGUUUGUUUACGACGUGCUCUCUCCAUACUCAUACGUUGCCUUUGAGUUGUUGAAGAGAUACAAGCCAACAUGGGAUGUGAGCGUGCAGUACACCCCGGUUGCCAUUGGUGGCCUGUUCAAAGUCAGCGGCAACCAAUCCCCGGCCAUGAUUCCAUUGAAGGGGUCACAUAUGCCGACGGACCUCAUGCGCUACCGCAAGUUUGAAGCAGUCGACAUCAACUUGCCAAAGGACAUGUUUCACGUUCUCUUCAAGAAAGGUUCACUGCGUGCACAGCGACUGCUGACCGUGUGCACGAUGGAGCACAAUCAGCUCGUGGAGCCCUUAACUGAGACGCUGUUCCAACGCGUCUGGCGGGACGACAAAGACAUCACCGAAGAGGCGAGUUUGAUUGAAGCCCUCAAGACUGUGGAUGUGCCAGAAGACGCCGCAAGCAGGAUGCUUGAGCGAACUCUGGAUUCAGACGUGAAGACCUGCCUCAAGGACGUCACGCAGAACGCCGUCGAUCGAGGGGUGUUUGGCGUGCCGACGUUCUUCAUCGGGGAUGAGCUUGUCUUCGGCUCCGACCGAUUCUACCACAUUGCCCGUCUUCUAGGCGAAGAGUACUACGGCCCCUUUGGCGCGCGGGAGCCGCAGGAUAUUCAGGAGAUCUUGGACGCCAAAGCGAAGCUGUGA